GUCGCAGCAGCAGGAUAGUUGAUCUCGAAAGGGAAUACUCGAUUUUCAUUGGACAAUCCUAACGCCGGGCUACGGGUUCUAUACAGAUAUAUAAUUCGAUCAUUCGCGAUCUGGCCUCCGAUUGACUUAAUAGUCGCGAAACAUCGUUCCCUCAAGAGACAUGAUCGCAGCGAAGAUCGCAACCCUUGUCGGUGUGGCGGCUCUUUUGAACCUGUCAACUGCGACGCCCGACAGUGCUGGCAUUGUUGAGAUGGUUAACGGACUUGCGUACGGCGGAAUUCCGUACGGCAGUGUGACAGGAAUGUUGGCCAGAAGUGUGAAUCAGGGGGCUUUAGGCCCUCAACAAUAUUACAGAGGAGUGCAGCCUCAAGCGGGUCCCUCCUACGCAACUUCGCGGGUGAUAGUGACGCCGAAUCUGAGAGCAGCUGGGAUAGUCGAGCGCCAGCAAGGUCCGGUUCAAAUUUAUAAUCUUCCCGGAGUCGUAGCACCUGGGAUUGUUGGACGAUUCAGUCAGAUCGGCUAUUAAUAUGUAUGGAAGAUGUAGAAAAAAAGGAAAGAAAAAAAACGCUAUGCCGUAAUACCACCGUCGCAUCGAGUGACGCACAUAACUUCGAUGCUAUAACACAAGAAAUGAAAUUUUGGCUAAUUUAUCAACGUAAAGUCUUCUCAAUUUCAAAAUACUCAUGAUUUACGCUUAAACCCAAAAUGUAUUAUAUACACGCAUGUUUUUUUAAACGGCAAAUUUUUUCUCGAAAACACGCUGAGCCAAUACGCUCUCGCGCGCUGUAAACGAGUAAAAGUCCAACUAAAAACUCAUCAUCAUAAUUCAGAGACUAUUUUUGUUUGACAAUAGCGACGAACGCCCGUGCCAUACUUAGAGGUUUUUUGACACGACGUAUUUCAGCAGCGCUUUUGUGACAUUUUCUUGUUUAGAGGUUAUGUAUUGGAUUAUCAACGUUAUUCUGCGGCGCUUUUAUGGCAUUUUCUUGUGAUUUUAUGAUGAUAAUUCUUCCGAGAUGGUAGAAAUGUGGCAAAUGUGAUUCGUUUAUUAAUAAACCGUGGUCGUUUCUGAA